UGGUAUGGCCCCUUAUAGACAAAAGCCGCGUCUUCUCAGCUUCACAAUCACACAACAAUGGCGGCUUCUUGCAUGCUUAGAUCCUCUUUCCUCUCUCCUGGUCUUCCUCAACUUCAUCAUCAAUCAACUUCAAAACCUAAUAAUGGUAUUCAUUUCUUCACUCCGAUUAAAGCUACAGCCACAAACGAUGCGAUUUCCCAACAGAAGCACCGCCGUCCUGCUGACGAGAACAUCCGUGAAGAAGCGCGCCGUCACUGCUCAUCUCAUAAUUUUUCAGCCAGGUAUGUUCCUUUUAAUGCUGGUCCCAAUUCUGAUGAAUGGUAUUCUCUAGAUGAGAUUGUUUAUCGGAGUCGGUCUGGUGGAUUACUUGAUGUUCAGCAUGAUAUGGAUGCGUUGAAGAAGUUUGAUGGUCAGUAUUGGCGAUCCUUGUUUGAUUCUCGUGUCGGUAAGACUACUUGGCCUUAUGGGUCCGGUGUUUGGUCUAAGAAGGAAUGGGUUCUGCCUGAAAUUGAUAGUGAUGAUAUUGUUAGUGCUUUUGAAGGGAACUCGAAUCUGUUUUGGGCUGAGCGUUUUGGCAAACAGUUUCUAGGCAUGACUGAUUUGUGGGUCAAACACUGUGGGAUUAGCCAUACUGGUAGUUUUAAGGAUCUUGGGAUGACUGUUUUGGUGAGUCAAGUUAAUCGCUUGCGGAAAAUGCAUAAACCGGUUGUCGGUGUGGGGUGUGCUUCUACUGGAGACACAUCUGCGGCGCUGUCGGCUUACUGUGCAUCUGCAGGCAUUCCGUCAAUUGUAUUUCUACCUGCGAAUAAGAUAUCUAUGGCGCAACUGGUUCAACCUAUUGCAAAUGGGGCUUUUGUGUUGAGUAUUGACACUGAUUUUGAUGGUUGUAUGCAGUUGAUUCGUGAAGUUACUGCUGAGUUGCCUAUUUACUUGGCAAAUUCGUUGAAUAGUUUGAGGUUGGAAGGGCAAAAGACGGCAGCAAUUGAGAUUUUGCAGCAGUUUGAUUGGGAAGUUCCGGAGUGGGUGAUAGUUCCUGGUGGGAACUUGGGCAACAUAUAUGCAUUUUAUAAAGGUUUUCAGAUGUGCAAAGAGUUGGGGCUUGUGGAUCGCAUCCCUAGGCUUGUUUGUGCUCAAGCUGCCAACGCUAAUCCGCUUUACUUGCAUUACAAAUCUGGUUGGAAAGACUUCAAACCUGUGAAGGCAAACACAACAUUUGCGUCUGCUAUACAGAUUGGUGAUCCGGUGUCUAUAGACAGAGCUGUUUUUGCCCUGCAGCAAUGCAACGGGAUAGUGGAGGAGGCAACCGAGGAGGAGUUGAUGGAUGCUAUGGCUCAGGCGGACUCGACUGGGAUGUUCAUUUGCCCACAUACUGGUGUGGCAUUGACUGCACUGUUCAAGCUGAGAAACAGUGGAGUCAUUGCACCAACUGAUAGGACUGUGGUUGUGAGUACAGCUCAUGGAUUGAAGUUUACUCAAUCCAAGAUUGAUUACCACUCGAAGGAAAUAAAAGACAUGGAAUGUCGGUUUGCUAACCCACCUGUGGAAGUGAAGGCAGAUUUUGGAUCAGUUAUGGAUGUUCUGAAGAGCUAUUUGUUGAGCCAAAAUUCCAAGCUAUGAUUUGUUCUCAGUUUUAAACAUAAGUUGGGGAGAGAGGCUCUAAAUUACUUUUGAGAGUACUAUGAACUCGAGUCCUUUUAUGGAACUCUGUUUUGUGUAACAGUCUGCUUAUUUUUGGCAUUGCUUUGGUGCAUCACAAUGGAAACUGCCUUAAUUCGACCUAUUUGGUUGAAUUAUAUGACCUUAAAGAGAAUCCACUUUGGAUACUGCA